GGCUUAAAGUUAGUUUUUUAGACUCCCCGAUACCGGAGAAGAAUUACCAUUAAAAGUCACUCUGCAGAAAACGUUUUGUCGUUCAUAUCGGGACACUCGAAUAAAAAUAAAAUAAAAAUUCAAACUUGAGGAUUAUUGUUUCCAUUGGACUUCCAUUUCAAUUUGGAUUUUAAUAUUUCUCUCUUCCGAUUGAAUUGAACAGGCAUAAAGUUAGUGUCAUCAUGAAGUUGACAGGAAUAUUUUUACUCUUGAUGCUCUGGAACUGCGAGAGCGCACGAGUUGCAGAGAGUCGGGACGAUAACAGUGUGUACGACCUGUUUGAACUGGUCCAAGUCCCCAAGAAAAACCAUGGGGUCACCCUCGUGAAGGGCGACGAUCCAUACAGCCCCGCCUACAAGAUCCUCAACCCAGACCUGAUCCCCCCGGUACCCGAGAACUCCUUCAGGGACCUCAUCGAUUCCAUCCAUGAGGAGAGGGGGUUCCUCUUGCUGCUGAACUUCAAGCAGUUCAAGAGGACAAGAGGAAGCCUCCUUACCGUGGAGAAGCUGGACGGUUCCGGACCCGUUUUCGAGAUUAUUUCCAACGGGAAGGCUAACACUUUGGAUGUGGUUUUCUCCACCGAGAACAAGCAGCAGGUGGUUUCCAUUGAGGACGUGGACUUGGCGACGGGGCACUGGAAGAACAUCACUCUGUUCGUGCAAGAGGACCGGGCGCAGCUCUACGUUGGGUGCGAUGAGGUCAACACUGCCGAGCUAGACGCUCCGGUCCAGAGCAUCCUCACUCAUGAGAUAUCCACCAGCGCGCGCCUCCGCAUUGGCAAGGGAGCGGUGAAGGACCGAUUUAUGGGAGUGCUUCAAAACGUACGCUUUGUGUUUGGAACGACCCUUGAUGCCAUUCUGCGCAACAAAGGAUGCCAAAACUCAAUCAUGACUGAUACCAUCACUUUGGACAACCCCAUCAAUGGAUCCAGCCCCGCUAUUAGAACCGAUUACACAGGCCACAAAACCAAAGACCUGCAGAUGAUCUGUGGUUUCUCCUGUGAGGACCUGGCCAGCAUGUUCAAGGAGCUAAGGGGCCUGGGGGUGGUGGUAAAGGAGCUCUCUAACGAACUGCGCAAAGUGACGGAUGAGAACAAGCUGCUGAUGAACCGUGUCGGCAUCCACAUUGGCGUCUGUCUGCACAAUGGCAUCGUCCACAAGAACAAGGAUGAGUGGACCGUCGAUGACUGCACGGAGUGCACUUGUCAGAACUCCGCCACGGUGUGCCGCAAGAUCUCCUGCCCUCUGAUCCCCUGUGCCAACGCCACCGUGCCCGAUGGGGAGUGCUGCCCUCGCUGUGGAACACCGAGUGACUACGCGGAGGACGGCUGGUCCCCCUGGUCUGAAUGGACCCACUGUUCUGUGUCGUGUGGGCGGGGCAUCCAGCAGCGAGGUCGCUCCUGCGACCGCAUCAACAACAACUGCGAGGGCACGUCGGUGCAGACCCGCGACUGCUACCUCCAGGAGUGCGACAAACGCUUCAAGCAGGACGGCAGCUGGAGCCACUGGUCGCCCUGGUCCUCCUGCUCGGUGACUUGCGGCGCGGGCGUCAUCACCCGGAUCCGCCUCUGCAACUCCCCCACGCCCCAGCUGGGCGGCCAGGACUGCCAGGGCGAGGGACGCCAGACUGAGAAGUGCCAGAAGUCUCCGUGCCCCAUCAAUGGCAACUGGGGACCCUGGUCACCGUGGGAUACCUGCUCUGUCACCUGUGGGGGAGGGGCCCAAACUCGUAAGCGUCUGUGUAACAACCCUGUGCCCAACUAUGGCGGGAAGGAGUGUCAGGGUGAAGCCAAAGACUCACAGCUAUGCAACAAGAAAAGUUGUCCCAUCGACGGAUGCCUGUCUAAUCCCUGCUUUGCCGGAGCCAAGUGCACCAGCUUCCCUGAUGGGACCUGGAAAUGUGGGAAGUGCCCAACAGGGUACUCAGGAAACGGCAUCAAAUGCAAGGACAUCGACGAGUGCAAAGAAGUGCCUGACGCUUGCUUUGAGUUCAACGGUGUGCACAGGUGUGAGAACACAGACCCUGGCUACAACUGUCUGCCCUGCCCCACCCGCUUCUCCGGCCCUCAGCCCUUCGGCAAGGGUGUGGAGGAGGCAGCCGCCAAGAAGCAGACGUGCGCACCACGUAACCCCUGUCUGGACGGGAGCCACGACUGCAACAAGAACGCCCGCUGCAACUACCUGGGCCACUUCGCUGACCCCAUGUUCCGCUGCGAGUGCAAGCCAGGCUACGCCGGAAACGGGCGCAUCUGUGGGGAGGACACGGACCUGGACGGCUGGCCCAACUCAGACCUGGUCUGUGUGGAGAAUGCCACCUACCACUGCAAAAAGGACAACUGUCCCAACCUUCCCAACUCUGGCCAGGAAGACUACGACAAGGAUGGCAUCGGUGACGCUUGUGACAACGACGACGACAAUGAUGGUAUCCCUGACGACAGGGACAACUGCCCGUUCAUCUACAACCCCAGGCAGUUUGAUUACGACCGUGACGAUGUUGGUGACCGCUGCGAUAACUGCCCGUACAACAGCAACCCAGACCAGACAGACACGGACAGCAAUGGAGAAGGAGAUGCCUGCUCGCUGGACAUCGAUGGAGACGGAAUUCUGAACGAGAAGGACAACUGCCCCUACGUGUAUAACGUUGACCAGAGGGACACAGACCUGGAUGGCGUGGGUGACAUGUGUGACAACUGCCCUUUGGAGCAUAAUCCUGACCAGGUGGACUCUGAUGACGAUCGCGUGGGAGACAAAUGUGACAGCAACCAGGACAUCGACGAAGACGGCCACCAGAACAACCUGGACAACUGUCCCUACAUCCCCAACGCCAACCAGGCCGACCACGACAAGGACGGGAAAGGAGACGUAUGCGACCAUGACGACGACAACGACGGUAUCCCUGACGAAAAAGACAACUGCAGACUGGUCUUUAACCCUGACCAGCUGGAUUCGGAUGGUGAUGGUCGCGGAGAUGCCUGCAAGGAUGACUUUGACCAAGACAACGUGCCUGACAUCUACGACGUUUGUCCUGAGAACUUUGACAUCAGCGAGACAGACUUCAGAAAGUUCCAGAUGGUGCCUUUGGACCCCAAAGGCACCUCACAGAUCGACCCCAACUGGGUGGUCCGCCACCAGGGCAAAGAACUGGUGCAGACAGUCAACUGCGACCCUGGCAUUGCUGUUGGUUUUGAUGAGUUCAACUCUGUGGACUUCAGCGGGACGUUCUUCAUUAACACGGAGAGGGACGAUGACUAUGCCGGCUUUGUCUUUGGAUACCAGUCAAGCUCCAGGUUCUACGUGGUGAUGUGGAAGCAGAUCACCCAGACCUACUGGUCCAACAAGCCCACCAAGGCCCAGGGUUACUCAGGCCUGUCCAUCAAGAUGGUUAACUCCACCACUGGACCGGGAGAGCACCUGAGGAACGCCCUGUGGCACACAGGGAACACACCUGGACAGGUGAAAACUCUAUGGCACGACCCAAAGAACAUCGGAUGGAAAGACUUUACUGCCUACAGAUGGCAUCUAAUCCACAGACCAAGAACAGGACACAUCAGAGUGGUGAUGUACGAGGGCAAGAAGAUCAUGGCUGACUCUGGAAGUAUCUACGAUAAGACGUAUGCAGGUGGACGGCUAGGUCUUUUUGUCUUCUCUCAGGAGAUGGUAUACUUCUCAGACCUCAAGUAUGAAUGCAGAGAUGCAUAAAUACAUGGAGCAGGAAGCUCUGAGAAAAAAAGCACCUUUCUGUACAAACAUGAACUCACGUAUUCUUGAUGCCCAGGGACCCUUUUUUCCCUUUUUUACGCUUUCAACUUUUCUGUGGCACGCACACGACCUGGCGAGGGUGUGCGGUCAGCCUCAGGGGGAAUGAUGCUGGUUUGGACAGAGAACCAGCUGACUGCCAGUGGAGAUUCAGAGAGACUCCCCCCCCCCCCACUCUCAUCCAAGCAGAGUAGGUAUCACUGAGGAACCAGCCCCCUUCUCUUCUCCUGAGCCAGUGUCUUCUCUGUCGCUCCCUGUUUCUCUUUGAAAGACCUCAUUCAGUUCUUUGCGGGAUCGGCUCCCCAUAGAAAAAUAGACAACUAUGCACUUCCCAACCUCAACGUCUCUCUCUCGCUCCAACUUUUUCUCUCUCACAUUGCCUUUCUUUCAUUUUCUGGAUGGGCGUCCCAAAGAAAAAGACUGAUCAUUUUCCCUCCUUAAAAAAACCCAACCAGAUCUACCAGGCUGUAGAUUGUGAAUGACAUGACCCUAAGUUUGCUCUGAAACUGCAGAAAGCAAAACAUAUUUUUCACUUGUAUGUUUUGUUAGGAGAACUCCUGACUCUCAGUGGCAGUUGAGUAACCACAAGUCAUGGAGGGCUGAUAACUCGAUGUAUGUCUUCAUUUUUGUGUAAAUAAGAACGUAAAAAACUGCUUUACUAUAACCCAUUUACAGUAUAUUUGCUGUUAAAAGUAAUUUUUGAGAAGUGUUGCAGAGACAAAAGAAAACAAAAAAACGAAAUUAAAAUGAGCCGAAAAAAAUUGUCAAUACAUCAAUACAUGUACUUUGUGGCUGGCAUUAGAUCGAUCUAGUUGAGUUAUGAGCAUUAUGUAACAUUCUCAGGGUAAGAUGCGAGCUGCCAUCUUAGCAUUACAAUCCAAGACACACAGCACCAAGGGAGUACUAUGUUGAGCAGGUGGAUGGCCAGAGCGAGACUGUCUGCCCACUUUCUAACAGUAUAAUGUUUUACUAAAAUUACUUUUUGUAUUCUUCUCCAAACAAGAAAACAUUCAUUGCAAAAAUCAAGCCAUUUGACAGAAGAUGUAUUUCAUCUUCGGAGGUUUAAAUUAAAAACGAUGUAAAUAACACACCGUAACUUAUUAAACUUUGUCUACAAUGUAGGCAGCGAAGAAUUCCAAUAUUAUUUUUUUGUUUUCUCGACGUACCUGGUGGAAAUCGGCAUCUGGUUAGGUUAGUGGCUAACGUAAACACUAACGCUAACGUGUCAGCUCUGGCUCUCUGCUGCGCAACGCAGCCUGUCCUCCCGCCGACAGAGCGUCAGCUACCUGCCGUGCCGAGAUCCAGGGCUUCUCGGUGAGAUGUGCGUGUGACCUGUGUGCCUUUUCUUCAGAAAGAGAGAGAACAAAGGAACCUUUGAUGUACAAAUAUUACCUCAUUGCUGUGUAUAAUUUGAUCAAACAAACAAAAAAAGCGUAGUACUUUUUUCACAUGCUUACAGAAUACGAAUCGAUCCAACAUUUUAUUGCUACUGUAGCAUGAGCUGUAAAUAGUAUUACUUUUCUUUUAUAAGAGACCCCCGUGUUCUCUCUACCUGCCCAAUGGAAUAAACAGAUCAGACGGGAGAGUUAUAAAUAAUAUGUUUUGCUUUAUGUAUGCUCUUUUUAAUGGAUAAAUUAUUGUUCUGUUUUGUCUUUGCUUUUUUUGUAAAGUUGAUACAGUAUGUGUGUGUGUAAGUGUGUGUCUAAGUGUGUAUGUAAGUGCGUGUGCGCGCACACGCGAGUUUGUGUGUGGAUAAAUGCUAUUUAAAUAAUUUAUCAGGAUUUGCUGCCUGAGAAAGGGGGCGUGUCCGUCUGUAUAAACGGUUUGCACACUGACGCGAGGAUGUUCUGUUCUUUAUCGUUUGUACCUUUUUUAUUACUGUUAUCAUCGUCAUUUUUGUACAAUUAGUGAUGCUUGUCUGUAAACAUUUUUACGUAGUUUGCAAAAUUCUGUUUUUAUCCAUAGCUAUUAUUUUGUUACAUACUUGGAAAACAAUAAAAUAGUUGUUUAACUUUUAAAAA